AUGCUGCACGGUAGCAGGCUCUUCUUCAAGAAGGGAUGGACGCACACACCGGGACGCACAAGGCGUGGUGGGAAGAAUCUCGCGUGGCGUCCAAAGAUAUCAGAGCAUGUCCUCAAUCAAUUUGUACCUUUGAGUCUUGCAUUUCCACGACGUCAUCCGAACUCGUGGCAUGAGCUUCAGUUCAACUUGUUGGGGUACACGAAGUGGCCGAAGGAAAUUGGAUUUUACAACGCCGGUGACAACUUCGAGUUGACACCAGAAGCGAUGUUCCGGCUUUACGUUAAGAACCGUGACGAGGCCUUUUGGACAAGACUCCACAAUGAGAAGGUUGUCAUUCAUUUGAUGCCAAAAAUAGAACAUGACCCAAAAAAAUACAUGGAGCGCGUCAACGACAUAUUUCGGCAUCACAUUAAACGGUUUGGAUCGGACCACUACAUUUACAAUGCGGUGAUGCAGGCCUGUGCUUUCGCCAAAGAUCUUUCACGCUGUGAACAGCUGCUAGGAGAAAUGCGAACCAUUGGACUUGAGCCAAACGCACAGACAUACGUCAACAUGAUGCUGGCGGUGCGAUUGUCCGGCGCACCCCAUGAAAAGGCGGAAGCAUAUUUUAAGGAGGGCGUGAAAUCGGGUGCAUUGGAUGCUGUGAUGCGGCUUGACACUGAAUUUAAGAUGUGGAUGGAUCAACUGGAGCGGUUAGGCUCCUUCACAGCAAAGACAGGUUAUCUCUCGGUGAAUGAGGAGGGCGCAAAACCAAUGCCUCGCGAUAUGUGGGCACUUUGGGGAUGGCACCGCACUGAGCCGAAGUUCAUUAGUCGAAAGCAAAUGAUAGAAGAACAGGCUCGGAAUCGUGUCAAUAGUGGCAGAGAGCUGGUGGGUACCGUUUAUUCAAAGGCCCGUCGCCAGCCGUGGGCAAAGUACAACGGCAUGUUUCCAUUUGACUACAAUGGCCCGGCGCGUCGUCGUGGUGUUUCUUUCGAGGACGCCCCUCCUCCAAAUCUCAACAAGGAAGUGUGUGAAACUGCCUUUUAG